UCCUCUUCCUCUGAGUAAUUCAAUCUGUUGAUCUUAAUAUUUUUCCAAGUCUUCGUCUCUCUCCAUUUCCGUGCUUAAAGCAGAAAAAAAACAGAUUCUUUUUGAGGUUUUGAAGAAAACAUGGAAUCCAAUCAUGGAGGAGGGAUCCAGCAAUUGCUUGCUGCUGAACACGAAGCUCAGCAGAUUGUCACUGCGGCUAGGAACGCAAAAAUGACAAGACUGAAGCAAGCCAAGGAUGAGGCUGAAACAGAGAUUGCUGAGCACAGAACCAGUACAGAGCAGGGUUUCCAGAGGAAACUUGAAGCGACAAGUGGAGAUUCAGGUGCAAACGUGAAGAGGCUUGAGGAAGAGACUAAUGCCAAAAUCGAGCAAUUGAAGAACGAAGCUUCGAGAAUUUCCAAAGAUGUUGUGGAGAUGCUUCUGAAAAAUGUGACCACAGUGAACAACUGAGUAUAUCACAAGGCAACCAUCGAGUGUAAAAUGGUGUGAAGUGUAACUUUUGAGUGGAUAUGUUCAUUCCUUUUUGUAUUGUUAUGUGGAUCACAGACGCAACUAUUGCCAUUGAAUUUCAAUUUAUGUCUUGAAUUAUUGUAUUCGUUUCUCCAAAAGUUGCUUAUGACUUUUGUGUUUGUAAUAAAAUUGAGAACAAAGGAGUCCACUGGA